AUGUAUACAAAUAACCAGUAUGCUGCAGAAAGGGAUAGUAGAGUGUAUGGUAGAUGGGAGGAAGGGGAAAAAGAACAGAAUGGAGAAAUAUGGGGCUCAAAGGGAAAUUAUGUACAAAAGGGGAUAUUACAAAUUAAAGAAAAGAAAAGAGAGUCAUGGGAUAAAUUUGUAGAAGGAAUUAACAAUAGGGUAAGUGUAGGGUCGCUUUGGAAAAGAAUCAAAGCAAUAAUGAAGGGAAUAGAGCAGAAAAAUAAAAGUGUUUUGAGUAAAGAAGAAAAAAUUAGGUUAGAAAGGGAAGAGGCGGAAAAGAUUGCUAGGUUAUGUGGGGUGAGUGGAAAUGAAGUCAUGGGAACGAUAGAGGAUAGUUUAAGGGUAGAGAGGGAAGUAGAUUGGGCAAAUAGAGAUAGGAAUAGGGACAGGUAUGAUAGUGAAUUUGAUAUAAAUGAAUUGGAAAGAGUACUGAGAUUGUUUAAGAAUAAAUCGGCACCAGGAGAGGACGGUAUAGACUUCUCAAUUAUUAAAAAAUUGACGAAGGGGCGGAAAGAAGCGUUAAUUAAAUUGUAUAACGAGGUUUGGGUUAAGGGGGAGGUGCCGGCGAUGUGGAAAAAAACAAAGGUAACAUUAAUCCCAAAACCACAAAAAGAAGCUUUAAGACCUAUUUCAUUAUUAAAUUGCUUAGGAAAGGUUAUGGAGAGAAUGGUUAACGAGAGAGUGAGGUUAUGGGCAGAGUCGGAGGAAAAGCUGGACAAGAACCAGAAUGGACUUGAUAAAGGAAAGGAAACUGUGGCUGCUUUCGUUGACGUUAAGGCUGCCUAUGAUUCGGUGUACCAUGAUGUAAUAGGAAGAAUAUUAAGAGACAUGAGAUGUCCAGAAAGGAUGCGUGUAUAUGUGAAUGAGUGGUUACAAGAGAGAGAGGUAGAAAUAAUGCAAAGUGGGGCGAAAGGAAUAGUGGAAGGGAUUAGAAAACUGGGUGCAAAGACACUGAAAUAUGCAGACGACAUAGUAGUUUAUGUGGUAUAUGAAAAUAGGAAGGAAGGUUUGAAGAAAUUGGAGGAAGCAGUGAGGGAGAUUGUGUAG